AUGCUGGCGGUGCUGGUUCAGGGGAGCCAGGCACACAGGGCCUCAGGUGCCUCUCCCAGCUCCUUGCUCCCGCUGGCACCUCGGUCCCCUGCCAGGAUCUGGCCCCCGGGUUCAGCAGCAAGUGCCAUCAGCAAGCUCCAAUCCCAGCUUCCCGCCACCCUCCAAGCAGCAGGUGUCUCUUUCCCAGCAGCUGAAGCUGCUGGCACAGCCCAGCUCCCAGGUCUACUGGCUCAGCGCCGGAGCACUCUGCACCCCUCAACCAUGCAAAUGGUUAUCGAGGCACUGCAGGCCAAGGACAGCAAGAAGGGCGCCUCUGCCACAGCCAUCAAGAAGUUCAUCCUGGCCAAGUACCCCACAGUGGAUCCCAUCCGCCUCAAGUACUGGCUGAAGGUGGCACUGAACAAAGGGCUGAGCCGUGGGGACCUGGUCCGGCCCCCCAACUCCACUGCCACAGGGGCUGCUGGCAGCUUCAAGCUAGCCCCCAAGAUGCUCAAGCAGAAGCAGCUGCCAGGCCAGGCGGAUCCUGACAGAGGACAGCCCCUGAAGCCAGCACAGCAUGGGACCACCAAGCCCAGCGAGGUGCCUGCGGCGGGUGCACGGCAGCCAGGUGCUGUGGAGGAGAAGCUGACAGCGGCGAAGCAGAAGCCGAGGGUGAAGCCCGUGAAGGCCCCACCUCCGGCAGCAGCAAAGCCCAGGAGCAAUGGAGCGAAGCCCCCACAAGCUGUCGGCCACCCUCAGGCCCCCGGCAAGGGCUGUUCAGGGCCCUCCAUGGCUCUGGCUGCUGAGAGUGCAGGAGGGGACAGUGAUGACAACCCUGCGGGUGCCAGGGCAAAGCAGCCACGGAAGACCCCAGUGGGAAAGAGCAAGGGGAAGGCACCCAAGGGGGCCCAGCCAGAAGCACCCAAGGUGAAGGGGGGUGAAGGCAAGGUGAGGAAGCCCCGGGUGCAGCCAGGAGCUGGCGAGGGGGAGGCCAGCCUGAGGAAGGCAGUGCCCCCCCCAGCGGGCAGGAAGGCCCCAUAG